AAUACUCACACUAGACUUCAAUUCAUCUUUCUCUCAAUAAUAUUAUUUCCUUUCAAUGGCCAAAACUACUAAACUCAAAACUCCCAAACUCAAGGAUGCCAAACUCGAUUUACCUUGUAAAACAAGGAUUUCCCUUGGUGUUAUUGGCAUAUAUAUUGACUUAUGUAUGAAAAAAGACGGAACAGUGUGGCGCUGGCUCGCUAACAUAUUUCCACCUAAGAACCCCCCAACGAGGAAACCCAUGGAUGGUAUCGACACAUAUGAUAUUGUUGUGGAUCCAACUACCAACGUGUGGUUCCGUGUAUAUGUCCCGACAACAGAACUCAAAAUUGAAGAUCUCCCACUGUUUAUAUACUAUCAUGGUGGCGGAUAUUCCCUCCUUAACACCGACACGAAGAUGUAUGAUGAUUUAUGCCGCCAGAUUUGUACUAAACUGCCAUGCAUUGUUAUCUCUCCCGAAUAUGGUCUUGCCCCAGAGUACAAAUAUCCUAGUCAAUUUGAUGAUGGAGUUAGUGUGCUGACCUUUCUGGAUGAUCCAGAGAACCUGAAAAAAAUUCUUCUGCCAAAUUUGAAUGUUUCUCGCUGCUUUAUUGCUGGAGAUAGUGCUGGCGGAAACCUAGCUCAUUUUGUUACUCUAAGAGCCACCCAGAUGCAGACCAAGUUUAAACAACUCAAGGUAAUUGGCUUGUUGGCGAUUCAACCAUUUUUUGGAGGAGAGGAGCGAACAAAUUCUGAAUCGGAACUUAGUGGAAAAGUACCUUUCUUGAACUUGAAAAGGACAGACUGGUUUUGGAAAGCCUUCUUGCCAGAAGGUGAAGGCUAUGAUCGCGAUCAUCCAAGCGUCAACGUAAGUGGCCCGAGGGCCAUUGACAUAUCCAAAGUGGACUUCCCAAAAACCAUGGUGGUUGUGGGUGGGUUUGAUAUUCUCAAAGAUAGGCAGUUGAGUUAUGCCCAGUAUCUGAAAAACGCUGGAACGGAAGUAGAAAUUGAAGAGUACCCAAACAUGUUUCAUGACUUUAUUACUUUUCCAGAGUUACCCGAAGCAGACCAGUUUAUUUCUCAAGCAAAGGAAUUUGUUUACGGGCUCUUUAAUAAGGGUAUUAAGAAAUGAUAGCAGGUGCUUGAAUGAAGCUGGGUAGAUUCAUGGCAAGUUGGAUUAGCGACCCGAAGACCUAUAGCCUAGCUUCAUUUCGAUUUAAAUAUGGGGAUUAGUGCAUUAAUGUGUACUAAGCUUUAUUGGCUUUGCUAUUGUGUGUAUUAUAUUGAAAAUUAAAAACUUUAUUGUGUGUAAUAAUGUGACAGCCGUCACCGAAACAUCUGGUUCCUUUGUACGCUUAUUAUGUUGUUGAUUGUAUCAAGAACAUGUACUUGUCAAAAUUAUCUAAAUAAAGCGAUGUUCGAUUGUUGUA